UAAAACGACAGACAUCAUUGCCUUUUUCCCACGCAGUCCGAUCUCUGCCAUUGCCAAACAUCCUUGCUAACUCUCUCUCCUCCGGCUAUUUCACUUGCGAUUCAGAGCUCCAAACCCAAUUUUCCAAUGGCUACCAGAUACUGGUCGGUGUCUCUUCCAGUUCGAACCUCCGCUUCUUCUCUAUGGAAUCGUUUACAGGACGCCAUUUCUAAGCAUUCCUUCGACACUCCUCUCUACAGGUUCAAUAUCCCUAAUCUCCGUGUAGGAACCCUAGAUUCCCUAUUAUCCCUCAGCGAUGACCUUCAAAAGUCAAACAGCUUCGUCGAAGGAGUGACACACAAGAUCAGGCGCCAGAUCGAGGAUUUAGAGAAGGCAUCGGGCGUGGAGACAAGUGCACUUACGGUGGAUGGAGUACCAGUUGAUUCCUACCUCACCAGAUUUGUUUGGGACGAAGCCAAGUUUCCCACGAUGUCACCUCUGAGGGAGAUCGUGGAUAGUAUUCAUCAUCAAGUAUCAAAGAUCGAGGAUGAUCUUAAGGUUCGCAUUGCUGAGUAUAAUAAUGUGCGCAGUCAGCUCAAUGCUAUUAAUCGAAAGCAAAGUGGAAGCCUAGCUGUUCGUGAUCUUUCCAACCUAGUAAAGCCAGAGGACAUUAUUGCCUCAGAACAUUUAGUGACACUUCUUGCAAUUGUUCCCAAGUAUUCUCAGAAGGACUGGUUGUCAAGUUAUGAAACAUUGACUAGCUAUGUGGUCCCCAGGUCAUCCAAGAAGCUGCAUGAAGACAAUGAGUAUGCGCUAUACACUGUAACCCUGUUUCACCGUGUUGCUGACAAUUUUAGAACAAAUGCACGUGAAAGAGGAUUUCAAAUUCGUGAUUUUGAAUAUAGUUCAGAAGCACAGGAAAGUAGGAAGGAAGAGUUGGAAAAAUUGAUGCGAGACCAGGAAACAUUUAGGAGCACUCUUUUGCAAUGGUGCUAUACCAGUUAUGGGGAGGUUUUCAGCUCCUGGAUGCAUUUUUGUGCUGUACGUGUCUUUGCAGAGAGUAUCCUUAGAUAUGGCUUGCCACCAUCCUUCUUGGCAUGUGUGUUAGCUCCAUCCAUUAAAAGUGAGAAGAAAGUGCGAUCAAUUCUUGAAGGGCUAUGUGACAGCACAAACAGCGCAUUUUGGAAAUCUGAGGAUGACGCAGGAGGGAUGGCUGGUCUAGGAGGUGACGCUGAUGCCCACCCAUAUGUCUGCUUCACAAUUAAUCUUGUUUGAUCAAGACUGGGUUCCAGCUCCCUGUUCAUUUCAAAUCCUAUGGGGGCAGAAGCUUAGGGGCUGGAGGUGGUUAUGUUUAUUUACGGUUUAUGUAAUUUACGAGCCGAGAGAAGAUAAAUUUACGGUUAAAGAUUCUAUGAGUUGUUUCAUGAGUGUGAAAACCUGGAGAUGUAAGUCUCUGACUGUUGGUGGUUCGUGCCUCUUUUCCAUCUAGAGCUUCAAGCUUGGGAGGUCUGGUCUGAGAUCAGGCCAGUGCAUGCCUUUGUUCAGGAUGCCCCCAGGGUACUCGCUUUAAUAGAUUGGAUUGGGUCUGGAUUAAAUUGGGUUGACCAACAAUGAUAAUUAAUUAUUGAUUCAUAUAGUCAUGGUUAUCCUUCCUGAAGGAACAAGAUUUUGUUCAA